GUGAAAUCUCGGGAGCAGCCAGCGGACCGAGGAACAAACAGCGUGAAGAUUUAAAAGUGUGCACACAGCUCACGGUGAUUCUGCAACAUUUCGCAACGAGUCAACCUCGUAACCUCAGACUGUGUCAAGUUCCGUGGCGACGAGAAACACUUCGUUGGGCUUCUCUUUCCGUUUCUUUUGGUGGGGGUAAAAGUUGAAAGUGUUGCACGGCUCGGAGGACCCACCUCAACGCAGAAAGUCGGUCGGUGGUCGGCAACUGGUUCUGCAGGAAUGUCGCAGAAAGAGAGACCCAAGUUUUACCGUCAGGAGGUCAACAAGGCGAUAUGGGAAGUGCCGGAAAGGUACCAAACCCUGUCCCCGGUUGGCUCUGGAGCCUACGGAUCCGUGUGCUCUGCAUAUGAUAUAAAGGCGGUUUUGAAGGUUGCUGUGAAGAAGCUGUCUCGGCCAUUUCAGUCCAUCAUCCACGCCAAAAGAACAUACAGAGAGCUGCGGUUGCUUAAGCAUAUGAAGCAUGAAAAUGUUAUUGGCCUCUUAGAUGUCUUCACCCCUGCUACGUGUCUGAAGGAAUUCACCGAUGUGUAUCUAGUCACUCACCUAAUGGGGGCAGAUCUCAACAACAUUGUGAAAUGUCAAAAGCUCACAGAUGACCACGUGCAGUUCCUCAUAUACCAGAUUCUCCGAGGGUUAAAGUAUAUCCACUCAGCAGACAUCAUUCAUAGAGAUUUGAAACCUAGUAACCUGGCGGUGAAUGAAGACUGUGAGCUGAAGAUUUUGGACUUUGGCUUGGCACGGCACACGGAUGACGAGAUGACCGGCUACGUGGCCACACGCUGGUACCGCGCCCCAGAGAUCAUGUUGAACUGGAUGCAUUACAACAUGACAGUGGAUAUUUGGUCGGUUGGAUGUAUAAUGGCAGAACUUCUCACUGGAAAAACCCUGUUUCCUGGAACUGACCAUAUAAACCAGCUUCAGCAGAUAAUGCGUCUGACAGGAACACCCCCAGCAUCUCUAAUAAGCAGGAUGCCCAGUCAUGAGGCCAGGAACUACAUCAGCUCCUUGCCAAACAUGCCCAAGAGGAACUUUGCUGAUGUAUUCCUUGGUGCAAACCCACAAGCUGUGGAUCUUCUGGAGAAAAUGCUGGUUCUGGAUACAGACAAACGGAUAACAGCGGCUGAGGCUCUGGCCCACCCUUACUUCGCGCAGUACCACGACCCAGACGACGAGCCUGAGGCUGAGCCGUACGACCAGAGCUUUGAGAGCCGAGAACUGGAGAUUGAAGAGUGGAAAAGAUUAACCUACGAGGAGGUGUGUAGUUUUGAGCCGCCUAUCUUUGAUGAGGAUGACAUGGAGUAAUGAGAUGUGCCACUUCGACCCCAGCCUCCGAUACAAUUUAAUGUGCGCAUUGGUGUUUAACAAACUCUCAGACACAUGUAAGACUGCUAGUCAACCUUUGUCAGUCUUCGCUAAUCAAGAAAUCUCUGUCCGUGAUUAACUCUUGUAAGGAGAUCAUUCCCAGCACGGGAAAAGGAAAACAUGACCAGUUAUCAUUAUUCUUAUAUAUGAACCACUAAUGUUGAUGGUCUGUUGCUGGGAAAUGUCGCUUCUUGUCAACAACUGAAAUAAUUUUAUAUUCUUCAGAUUUUUUUAAAAUUUAGACUUUGACUCGUCACUGUGACACUGAGAUGCUGAAACACCCGGACCUAUAGCUGUGCUACUUUGUGUUUUAAAUUUCCUGUUUAGUAACUUAUGAAUAAGCUUUUGUCUAUCAGUUUAAAAAGGAGUUUGCUAGUUUACCACUCAUCCUGCCAAGCUGUCACGUACAGCGCAGGGUCAAAUGCAUUAGUUAUCACCAUAAUUCUUCUUGUAUUUAAAAAGAGAGAACUUUUGAGAGUUUCAAUCUGUGACAAAAGUAGAUUUUAUGUUUUUAGAUAUUUGAUAAAUUGAGAAUGUGCCUGUUCUGUGUAGUCACUGACUUGUAGUGCUCAACACCUGAAUCUCACACAUUUUAAUGUUUUUUUUGAUAGUUUAGAUGCCCUGUGAGACUCUCACAGGGAAAAAUCUGAGCCUCUACUGUUUAAGGAUAAUUCUCUUUAACAAGGCACCUGAAUAGGAAAAAAAAAUUCAUGGUACAUGCUCUGCUCCAAAAUAUGUAAAUAUCUGUGCCAUAUUUUUUAAAUCUGACUCCUUGUGGUUAUGUUAAGAGGCAAUCACUGUUAGCAUGUACGUAAAGACAUUGUGUGCGUCUGCAGGUGUGUUGUUGGUUUACAGGGCUUUUAAGUGUCAUGCUAUAACCUGUAAUAGAAAUACUGCUAUAUGUGUAAAAGAGGGAUUUGUAUUUAUACUUUGUGGAGGUGGUAUUUAUAAGCAACAAUCGAAAGAUCCCUUAAACUAUUUUCAGUCUUGCAGAGUAACUACUAUCUUCAGUCCUUUGUUUAACAAAAUAAAGACUUAUUUUUAAGAGACUGA